AUGGCCGUGCCCUCGCCCCUGCCUGCCUCCCCCCACCCGGCGGUCUCUCCGCCGGACACGGCACCCCCGUCGUCCGCCCCUGACCCCAAAGCGCAGCAACUGCACCCUCGCAAGCUGCUGGAGGCGGUCCAGGAGGCGCACGCGUCCUUCAACCCCGGCCGGCUGACUUUGGACUCGCACGCGGACGAGUGCGUGGCGGCGCUGAGGCUGCCGUCCGCGCAAGACGAGACCUUCCUGAGGCAGGUCCUGUACGGCCUCGUUCGGUACCGGAGGCUGCUGAACGCCUUCGUGAAUUCCUUCUAUCACAACAAAAGCGGAGAGGUUCUGAGGGGAGAUGUUUGCAUCUACAAAAUCUACGCCUAUCUGGCGAUCUUCAGGCUGGAGGAGAUCACCUUCCCCGAGUUCAGGAGAUUGGUCGCUGCUACAGACCCCCAUAAAAUGGCCGUCUUCCUCACCUACCUUUUUGAUGAGGGCAAUCUGAAAGAAUUCUGCAGACACGAUUGGCUCAAGAUUUAUGAUAAGCCAUUCGUUGAUGGAACGAUAAACAAUCUGCUUAAAUGGCUACCUCAAGUCACAAAACUUGUGGAGGAGCUGUCAUCAAUAGUUUACGCACCAAAAAAG